AUGGCCAAGACGACCACCAAGAAGAAGUCCUCGCCCAAGGCGUCCGACUCGGGCAGCAAGAAGAAGAAGUCGGGCUCGGGCGGGCAGCCAAAGCGCGCGCUGAGCGACUAUCAGAAGUUCUACUCGGAGACGAUCGCCGAUCUCAAGGAGAACGAGCCCGACAUGGACGGCCAGCAGCGUCGCAAGGAGGCGUCGCGUCUCUGGGCUGAGCACAAGGAAAACCACAAGGAGAACUAG